ACAGAUAUGGUAGGUGGGAUGAGUCGCCCGCCCAAACCCGUACCGCAGGUGAAGAAGGUGGCACCCCCCGCAGUUCCCGACGUGUUUCGGCACUCUGGGAGCAGCUUCGGGUCGGCGGGCUACAGUAGCAGUGAGGACGGCUGCUUUAUCACCGGCACUGAAGCCCAGCCACCGCGAGAUGGCUGCGAUCAUGGCGAAAUAUAUGGAAUGUGUGGCAAGUCUCCAGGACCCCAGUUUUCGUAUCCAGCAUUCACGUUUCCAGGACCUCAGGGAGUACAGUACACUCAGCUGAUGCAUCCGGCAGGGAAGGGAGCAGCUUACUACCAUCAGCUGUCCCUUCAGGAGGACCAGGGCAUUGACAUGACCCAGAGUCCUGGCCGAGACAGUCCUGGAUCAUCCGGUUCUGGAUCGGGCUCAGGCUCACGUCAUAGCACAGCAAGUCUGGACAGUGGACGAGCAUCAGGGUAUCAUCUUCUGGGUCCUUCUGGCCCGCGGGGCAGCGGCACUACUAUGGGCGGCCUCUCAUCCAGCCCACGUUGCUCACUAUCAUCGUCAUCUCUGGGUUCGUCUGAACACGGUGGCCCAGCAUCACGGGCAGAAAGGUUACUGCAUCAAGGAGUGCCUGAUCAGGAUGUGCUGCACUCAUGGCUGAUGGAUCUCCACUUUGAGGAGUAUUUUCCAUUGUUUGCCUCAGCUGGUUAUGACAUGCCAACUAUCUGUAGAAUGACUCCUGAAGAUCUUACAGCAAUCGGCAUAAAGAAACCAAAUCAUCGAAAGAAGUUAAAGGCUGAGAUUGCUCAAUUAAGUAUUUCUGAUGGACUUCCUGAUUACAUUCCUGGCUCCAUGGAGGAAUGGCUGCGGCUGCUGCGUCUAGAGGAAUAUGGCCCUGCGCUUCACCAACAAGGCUACCAGACAGUAGAAGAUGUGACACAACUCACAUGGGAAGACCUGGAGGACAUAGGCAUUGUUAAGCUGGGUCACCAGAAAAAGAUACUACUGGCCAUCAAGAGAGUGAAGGAUGUGCGAGCUGGCAAGAGGUUUCCUCUGCAGCUGGGGACAGAGAUAGUACUUACUAACUUGCCCCCACACCCUGGACAAACACAGGAGGUGUUGAUCUCAACUCCGCCCAGCGGUGGUUUGAAUUCACCCGAUGAGGGUGACGAUUGCUUCCCACCGAAUGUGCACACGACGUUCCACUCAUUCCACCAACCGUGGGAGGUCGAGGGGAGCCAGCAAAUGUCUUCGUACAGCCACCAUCACCAACACCUACUGCAUCACCACCAUGCCUUUAGCACGACCACUUCCACCAUAGCACCAUCACCGUUCAGUUUCCAACCUAUGUACUGUCCAGACAUUGUCCCCAUCAAGAUUCGAGGAGGCAGGGGCAAAUCUCUAGAGAGCUUAGAGGACAGCACUGAACAUACACACCACACAUUUAGUGCUGAUAAUACUCAAACUUUCUACUAUCAGCAGCACCAGUUGACACCCAUGCCUUCUGGUGGUUGGAGACCCCGGAGUUAUGAUGAUGGAGAUAUCACACCCACCAAUGAAGCAGCUGUGGCCCUUCAUGAGGGUGGUGGAACUCUGCCGCGCCCUCGCGGACUAGUCCGACCACGCCCCGUAGCCAAAAUCACGGCCAAAACACGCCCCGCAACAAAUGAUGGAUCCACUUUCAUAAUUCCUGAUUUUGAAAAACCAUCAUCUUUCUGUGGCACAUACAAGACUUUGCCUAGAGACCUGAUAGAUAUCAGUAAAUAUAACCUAGAACAGUACAAUCCUGGUACAGGUGGUGGACAUUACGUAUCAGAAUCUGUACCACCAAUAUCUGCUAUAAUUAGGAAUGAGAGUCCCUGUUGCACACCAAAGAAAAGACCACCGUCUCCGCCAAAGAGGCGGUCAUCACGUACAGGAGAUCUUCCAUCAGAACUCAAAGGUCAAGGGAGAUCUGAUGUUGUUAUAGACUGCAGUGGUCCUGUGCCAAAGGCUUCGUCCUCUUGCACAAGCAGUGCAACUACUACAGUUGUCACAGUAGACCUUCACUCAACUGCCUCAUCACCAUCCCUCUCUCUGCCAGCAUACCCGAGUGGUGAUGAACUAACAGGCACGGAAGAUGAAGACCUUCCUCUUCCCCCACCUCCUGCACCCUCCUCGCCACCGGCAGGUGGCAGUCUCAGAGAGAAGUUUGAAGGCUUGUCACUGAACUCAUCUCCACCAACAAUGAGCCGGUCAUGGGGUAAUGUUGCUGACGUUGGGACACUAGAUCAGCAUUCAACAGGUGCUUCAGAUGUGGAGCAAGAGCUCAUUGCCAGCCUUGCCAUGCAGCAGAGCCGCAACGGGUCUGAUGCCAGCUUCAAGUCAAGCUCAAGCACAGAAUCAGAUUCACUGCCAUUUGCCAACGAGAAUGCCGGAACUAUCAAGCAGCGCGCUGUGCGACCGCAUCCCACUCUCACCACCAUGGACUACCCAAAGACAGAUUAUGUGCCUCCAAAACGAGUCCAGCAUUCUCCAGGUGAUCUUGCAGCUAGUCAAAAAACAUUGAGAGAAAGAGCCACAGGCCAGGAACCAGUUGAUGUGUUAAAUGACAUUGGGAACAUGCUUGCCAACCUGACGGAUGAGUUAGAUGCCAUGUUGGAAGAAGAAAAACGACAGGGGCUCAACCAGUGAAAAAAUUAGUUCCUAGAACUGGACAGUUAAAUUGGUACUACCAUACAUUUUGAAAGUAUGAGUGGAGGAAGUCAGUGUUCAAAAUACUGUCUUGUUUUUUAAGCUCAUCCUUUGGAAUCAUGAACGUGAUUUGUAUACAUUUCUGUUACUACAUAAUGCUGAAUGAAAGUCAACUCUGUUUCAAAAACUUUUAGAAGACAUAUUCAAGUUCAGUUCAUUUGGCUUCCGUUUCUGAGCUAGGAAGGGCCUUUUUCAAAAUGAAGAUACUAUUCUAGAAAUGUGAAUAAAUUUCCAUUUGUCUGUCUGACUAAUAUUAACUCAAACAUAUGAUCUAGUUAGUACAAAAUGCAAAAGCAGUUAGCAGAAAACACACAUACACAUAUAUAUGAAGGCAAUUUGAUUAAAUAUUUUGUCAUUUGUUUCAUGCAAAUGAAGCACGUGAUUAUUACAGAGUGGCAGAAUGUACGUUCACAUUUAGUAUGGCACAAUAUUGAACUUAUGCUAGCAAUAUUAAGAUAAUCACAUCCAGGUAGCUUGGUACCUAUUUCCAUUCACCUGCCAGCCACUUUGCAGCAGUGCAGACUGCAGCGUGUAAACUAGCAUUCCAUGCAAUCUAUCUUGCACAUUUUGUUUGAAUUUUCAGUGCUCAUCUCGCAACAUGUCUAGUUUGAGGUGAAAUACUUUCCUUUGCAUAACGCAUCACACACUCCAGGAACUUGUUCUCUUUUAAAUUUGUUUUCCUCGUUUAACGUGUGGAGACAAUAUUUUGUUUGUGGUGAUGUCUAAUAGGAGUUGGGAUAAUUCAGAUUGUGUAGUGACUAGGCUAUGGGUUGGGCAACUGGAGUUAAAAUCUGGUAGGUCAGAAUUUUUCUCUUUACCACAGUAUCCAUUCUAGCUUUGGGGUCCAUUCAGCUCAAGCCAAUUGGUACCAGGGUUCUUUCCUUAGGAUUAAAGCACAACAGGCAUGAAGCUAACCACUUACCUCCAUCUAAAGCUGAAAUUAAGAAUGUAUGGAGCUAUAUCUCCAGUCCUUCAUACGUUCACAUGAUGCGGUACUUAGUUUAGCACAUGGACAAUUUUUCCUAAUCCCACCUGACAUAUCAACUUUCUGUUAGUUAUCAUCUGUUGACAUUUAUAAAAAAAUAAACUACAAAAAUCAGUUUCCUGCCGUCUUGCCGCAUACUGCCGGACCUGCAAAAGGGAAUUACCUUAUUCUAUCAAUACAGUUACAAUUACAGAAUAUAAUUUACUAUAGAAAUUGAAGCUAUACAUUCUAGACAUGUUAUCUUAGUGCAAUUUAAUAUCGAUUGUCUGUUACCAGUACAGCAUGCUGAAGAGCAGCGUAGGAUUAUUAGUUCAACAGAAUGCGUCUUAGCGUUUGAACUCUUAGAAAUGUAUGCUUGUAAAUGAUAAAGGAUGAUAUUCUGUUUACAUCGAAGAGAUUACGUACUGGGAGAAGAACUAAAAUGUUCUCAACUAUGCAUGGUCCCAUCUCUAAAUUAGAGUUUAUAAGAUCUAGGAUUCAUUUAGGUUUCUCUGCUUGGCCCUUAGAGGACAGCUGUUUACAAGUCAGAUUCCCUUGGGAUUCUUUCGGUAUUGCUGCCUUUCAUUUCAUCUUUAUUACCAGCACAUAUAAGCAUAUUGGCUGUUGUGUGGCUAAUUACAUAGGAGCCUGAAUUUAUUUUAGCAAGGCAGAGUUUAAAUAAAUAACAGUUAGGAUUGUUUUCAUUGUAAUUUAAAAUAAAAACAUGAAAUAAUAAUAUUACAUCGAGGAUUAUGAGUUGUGUUAUGGUUUCAUUAUAGUAACCCUUGAACUGAUGUGACAAAAAUUCAGUUUUGUAUGGAAUCAGAUUAGGAAUAUAACAGUAAAUUGUAUUUCAGUUUGUUUUUGAAACACUAACCUAGGACUGAGUGACAUUUUGAGAAUACAUUUGAACAUCUUGUUGUAGUAAAUAUUGGGCUACUUGAAUGCAUAUUCCCAAAAUAUAAUUGUAUUUUGUACGAUAAUUUCUUUACCACAUACCAGAAAAAUUAUAGUCUUUCUUUCCAUUUUAUGCAAUAAUUAGUGAAGGUAAGUGGAGCUUGAUGUCAUGCUAGAUUAUCGAUAUGUUUACAAAUUUCAGAUUUUUUUAUAAUUUUAAAAUACAGAUGUAGUUAACAGACUUCCAGUUAUGUGUUGAUUCUUUUUAUGAAAAAAUUUCAAGAACUAGAUGUGAAAUAUAUUGGGAUAUUGUGGAUGUAUUAAAUUUGAUAUGAUAUAUUGACAGACAUACUGAAGUCAGAUCUGGGCUCUUUGUUGUUGUUGUUCUUAUUUAUAUUCUACUGCCUUUCUAGGUAAUGAGUUAUGUAUGUGCCUUGCUGCUUGUAAAGUAUGUAAGGUUUUCUUGUAGUUUCAUUCUUUAACCAUUUAUUAAUUUUCUUUUGAGGCCUGCACAUACUUUACCAAAUUCUGCUGGGAGGUGGUGUGAAUAGCGAUCAAGCAUCGAUGAUACAAGGUAAUGCAAGAAUAUAUUCGCCAGUAAAAGUAAUCACAAAAUGUACACAACCUAUAAUGGUAAAUACAGUCUUAUUGUAUUUGCCUGUGGACCCUUAAGCUGUAUCUUAAAUAUGCUGUCUUUGUCUUGAAUAUGAAAUUGGGACAUAAGGACUAGUGGACAACUUGCACGUGGUGGAAAAUUUUACAGUACACUUACGGUUUGCGAAGUAGACCAUUUGAACUUCACACUUUCUUUUUGUAACAAGUUCAGAGAGGUAUACACAGCUAGACCAUUACCUUCUCAUUAUGCUGAGAAGUAUUCUAUAAAUUUCAUACCAAAUUCACUUGACUUAUGAGAUGAAAAUUUGUAAAAUGUAAUACAACGGUGUAUCUUCAUUACUAUAAGUUUAAGGCGUAAUGAAGCUAAACAUGUUAUAGAUCCAGCUAAAUGAAUUGAAACUGAAACAAAAGUAACACAACUGAAGAAAACCUCAGAAAGAUAUGUUACUUGUAUUAUUUUCUGUUGUUUCCAUUCCUCUUUCUUACAAUUUGAUAUUUAAAAGGUCAGAAUGUUUCUUAAAAAAUGAGGACAUUCUUCUCAUGGUGAAUAAUGUUAUAUUGUAAGUACCUGCAUGGAGCAUCCUAAUUGUACUGCAGGUUUUGCUGUCAUCCAUGCAUGUGUUCCUACUUUGAUGCUACUUACAUCCACUGUAAUUCUUUUUCUACAUAGUAAAAAUUUGGAAUUGUGAGAUCUUGCGGUGGUUAAGUUAGAUUUAUAUUCAGCAUUAUAUAAGUUAUAUUUCACUCCAGUGGUAAAGUAAGAUCUAUGUAACAAGGCAGAGAUGGAAGUAUCUUAUGUUAUUUGCACACUGACACACCAAAGAAAUAAUUCUUAUUUGAGCAGAAUGUACAUUUAAAAAUAACAGGCUCUGUACUGUGGUGGAGGAACAUGAGCAGUGCUGAAUCUUAUAUCUGAGGUAGAUAUAAUUCAGAAGACAUUCUCUAAAACCAGUAUAUUAAAAUAUGUGAGUAUACAAAAAAAUAGAGAAAUUUAUGUUGUCUGCACAACUGCUGAGAAUGUUAGAAUAUACAAUUCUCAGUUUCUUUAUUUGUCUUUGUCACUGCUAAAAACAGUGCAUUAAUUUCAUAUCAUCUACAUUAAAUAUGAUUAAUGUUGUGGAUCCAGUGUACUGAGGUUCAUUCAGUUUGCAGUUUAUCAUUAAUCUGCCUGGUAGAAGCUGGAGGAAAGAGUUGGUUAACAUUCAGAAGUAGGCAUGUACUCACAGUUAGUAUGUAUCACUGAAAUGAAACACUUACUGUCAGAUAUUGGGUGUGUGUGUAUAGAAUAUUUGGAAAACACUUGUGCAUUACUUCUUAGUGUUUUAAAUAUUCUGUCACCUGUUUACUAAUUCAUAUCACAUGCAGAAACUUGAUAGAAUUAAAAAAAACUGACUUGAAAAACUCAUACUUUGUAAGGCCUCAUAUUAUCACUAAGGUGGAUUGCAACUCAAGUAUCUCCUCAAAGGAAUCCAAAGUUAUUAAGGCUUUGUGGUGAUAGCUGACCUGUUUCUUUAUAACUGAAUUUCAUACAUUUUUGAUAAAUUUCGCGUGGUAGCGGGACAGUUCCGGAACUAAUACAGAUUCUCAGACCUUUUGAUUUUCAGUAUCAGUAUGAGUGUGUUGUUUGUGAAUUAUGUUCUUUACAAAUGAACAUCAAAUUCCAAUGUCAAAAUAGGCCAGGAUGGUAGGAUGAUUAAUGAAUUGAAAAGGAUAUGGAAGGACAUUAUCAUGUCCUAAUUUAAGGUAGUAUCUCAGCAUUUGCCUGGAGGGACUGAAGAAAACCACAAGCCUGGCCAGUCUCUGGGCCAAGAUUUGAACUCAGACCUUCUAAAUAUGAAGCAGGAGUGGUAUCCAUUCAGCUAUAUGUGGUUUUAUAUCUGUCAUGAAAAAGGAAACUCCGCUUAUCUCCCUAGUACUACAGCAAUUGGAACAGUCUGCUUGAAUGUAAACACUCAUAUAUCAAGAACAGGAAAAUUCUGUUCCCUUAAGAGGUAUUAAAAUUCUCCUGAUCUUGUAAUUCAUCUACUAGUGCACUGUCAUUGUCUUAUAUUUAUGGUAAAUUAUAACAAUUUACAUGUCAGUACUCUCUCUCAUUAUUAAAAUUUGUACAAAAUGAUUUGUUUCAGAACAAGGCUUAUUAAGGUCAACCAGAUCAUUUACCAAGUUCGUUACACAAGUGUUAAAUUUCAUCUUUAAAUACGGACAAUUACAUUAGACAUUCAGCACAAGUUGAGAUUGCUUAAAUUAAUUUCUGGAUUUGCUUCAAACAAGCAGCAAUUCUGUGGUCUCUGAACCAUUUUCUAUUUUCAAAUAAUCACAUCAUUUCAGUUUUUCCCCAUCUUUUUUCUUUUCUUAUUUCAGAAGGUGCAGAAUUUGCCUUUUCACUUAUUUCUGAUCACAUUAAAUUAUUACUUCAGAAAUGGAACUUCUUACAUUAUUUCUUAGUAAUUAUUGUUGUUGUACUGGUACUGAAUUAUUGUUUUAGGUGCUCAAACAGUCCUGUCUGAAAUAAGGCACAGUGUUUAAAAUCCUUGCAGAUAAAAUUACUGGGAAAGUUGUUUUAUUGGGAUGUAUAAAUUUCAUUGUGAGGAAACAUUAGGUACUUACUUAUUGUAGGAACAGUAUA